UAGCUUCUCUCCGGAUCUUAGACUCUAGACAGGAUGUCAGGAUCUCUCCGGGUUUCCGCCUUCAGCACUUCUCGGGGGACCGCUAACCCGAUUAGUUAGCGGAUUACCUGAAAUACGUAUUCUUUAAUGGAACGCGUAUUUUCUUAGUUAGUUAUCGGUUCCACUCUUCUUCCCCAACUCGCUCCUGUCUCCGCGCGCGCCGCCAUGGAUGCAUACUACCUCGUCCGCCUCCAUCUCCCUCCACCACUCCAGCUUCCACCCACCCUGCCUCUACCUCGAGGCCGCCAUGACCGCCGCGUCGGUGGCGCCGUCGCGUGCCGCGCCACCGCCGGCCCAGUGGGCAGCCAAGAGCGGCCGUGGGAGUCCUACGACCGCGGCAUUCAGCACCACGCAGGCUCCGACCUCGCCUCCUCCCUCCGCCUGCUCGCCGACAUGCAGGCCGCCGGGCUGCGCCCCAGCGGCGCGGCGUACGCGCGCCUCAUCCGGGCGCUCGCCCGCGCCGGCCGGACGCUCGAGGCCGAGGCGCUCCUCCUCGAGAUGCGCCGCCUCGGGCUCCGCCCGGACGCCGCGCACUACAACGCCCUCCUCGAGGGGCUCCUCUCCACGGCGCACCUCCGCCUCGCCGACCGCCUCCUCCUCCAGAUGGCCGACGACGGCGUCGCGCGGAACCGGCGCACGUACAUGCUGCUGCUGAACGCGUACGCCCGGGCCGGCCGCCUCGAGGACUCGUGGUGGGUUCUCGGCGAGAUGAAGCGCCGGGGUAUUCGGCUUGACACCGCCGGGUACAGCACGCUGGUGCGGCUGUACAGGGACAAUGGCAUGUGGAAGAAGGCCACCGACCUCAUCAUGGAGAUGCAGGAGCUCGGGGUGGAGCUCGAUGUCAAGAUUUACAACGGGUUGAUCGAUACAUUCGGCAAGUAUGGGCAGUUAGCGGAUGCACGCAAGGUGUUCGACAAAAUGUGCGCAGAAGGGGUCAAGCCUGAUAUUACUACAUGGAAUUCUUUGAUUCGGUGGCAUUGUCGUGUGGGGAAUACGAAACGUGCUCUGCGAUUCUUCGCUGCAAUGCAGGAGGAAGGAAUGUAUCCGGAUCCUAAAAUCUUUGUUACAAUCAUCAGCAGGUUGGGGGAACAGGGGAAGUGGGACGAAAUUAAGAAGCUGUUUCAUGGCAUGAGGAAUCGAGGGCUCAAGGAGAGUGGUGCAGUGUAUGCAGUUUUGGUUGACAUUUAUGGACAAUACGGCCAUUUUCGUGAUGCCCAUGACUGUGUAGCUGCUCUCAAAGCUGAGAAUCUGCAGCUUUCACCUAGCAUCUUUUGUGUCUUGGCCAAUGCAUAUGCUCAACAGGGUUUGUGUGAACAAACUGUAAAUGUUCUUCAAUUGAUGGAGGCAGAAGGAAUUGAGCCAAAUCUUGUUAUGCUGAAUUUGCUAAUAAAUGCUUUUGGUACUGCUGGAAGGCAUUUGGAGGCACUUGCUGUACUCCAGCAUAUCAAGGAUAGCGGUAUGAGCCCAGAUGUUGUGACUUACACAACACUUAUGAAGGCUUUCAUGAGAGCAAAGAAAUUUGAAAAGGUGUCAGAAGUAUAUAAGGAGAUGGAGGGUGCUGGUUGUACUCCUGAUAGAAAAGCUAGAGAAAUGCUGAAUGACGCCUCUAUUGUACUGGAACAAAGGGGAAUGUUACAUUUGUAGCCACCCUUUUGAAUUCCAGGGAUGGAUGCUUUGGCGGGUUAUCGAAAUUGGAAUACCUACAAUUCUGAAGUGGCUCAAGCUUCAAUUUCUAUAACUUGAAGAAUACCAUAUCCCUUUUUUGCUUGCCAUGCUGAAUGUCUGAAACAGAUACGAUAUAUAGUAAACACAGAGUGUGCCAAAAAAGACAGAAAGCAACAUUAUUUAGAAAGAGAAGGUUAGGCUCCUUUCAAGAAAAAGAGAGAGAGAAAGUUAGGUCACAACUUUAUGGAACAUAUCAACGUUUGAAAUCUUGUAUAGUUUAUCCUACAACUGUAAGAUGACCUCUUGCUUUAAACAUUGCAAUAGCUCGGCUCCUCUAUUCGCUUCAGAUUUACCUAUUACUAAAUUUCAUGGGAGAAAACAAUGAGGCAUCAAGCCCUCAAUUUAUCUUAAGCAUAGAAAUAAGGUUCUCAUAUUUCCAUGUCUAUCUCUAUUUCUAGUUAGAAAUCCAUCUUACUUGGUUCCUCCUCAACAUAUGAUUGUUGAUACUCUUGCACUCUUUCACAGAGGAAGAAUAUCGAACUACAUUCAGGGUUCACAAAGGAAUCCACAGGGUGCAAUUUGUGGGAUAUUCAACGAAUCAAGACUCCAGAGAGGCCCUCUGUGUUAUUCUACCAUUGGAUCACCUGCUGUUGACAAAUGCUGUGUCUGCAAUUGAAGCUUGUUGGACUGACACAAUGGCAGCAAUUCUCUUGAAUUGCUGAACUUUGGAAUUUUGAGGUUGGACAGAACAUUGGAAAUGGUCAUCCGUUGAUGCUUUCAUAAGCCUGGUUCCACAAUGCUGGUACGCACUAAAACAGUCAGGCCCUACUACAUUCAUUUCAGUAUGUAGGAUCAGUCAAACACAAAUGAAUGAAUUAGGACUUCAUUCAUUUUACAUCAUAGGAUCAAUUGGUACACUUGUGUGUUUGUACUUGAGCAUGCAAUUUUUGUAGUUAAGGCAACAAGUAGGUAACACUUACAGGCAUCAUGAUAAGGAGGAAUCAGAAAUGUUCACUUUCUGUUUAUGAUACAUAAUUUUCUACCCCACAUAUUUCCGUAUGUUUCAGAUGAAAAAGAUUAUAUUUGGAGAUAGUGAUAUACACGAAACAUUUAGAAUUUCCUCAUGUUGCUUUCUUGCUGAAUCAUACAUGAGUAGCUUUGCACGAUAAAGUCAUAAGGAGAUGUUGAUAGUAUCAGAUGGUCUGAUAUUGACUUGUGUGUUACAAGAUUCAGUGAAGUAUAAAAUGACAUGUAAAUAUGUAAUCAAUCAUCUUGUGAUAUACUGUAUGACAGGGCAAUUCUUUUGUGAUAAAGUGUUCGUUUUUUC